AUGAACGCCGAAGUGCAAUCCGCGCUCUCAACAUUCGAAAGCCGGCUCAAUUCCCUCGUCACAACACUCACAACAUCACCGACGGCUUCAGGGGCACCCACUGCAGCAGUGAACCUCCUCACCGCCGACGACACGCUCACAUCCACAAUCGACACCCUAAAACAACACCAGGCCAACUACGCGCGCAUCCUGCAGCUACGUGCAGAAGCACAGAGCCUAGAAGAUCGGGUUAAAGACAUCGUCCGCCUAGUCGUGCGCUACGAGAAGGACAUCCGGGAAACAUGCGGCGAUGACGGGUCAGAUAGUGACUCUGACGACUCCGACUACUCCGGUUCAGAUCAAGAUAUGGACGCGGAGGACAAACCGGAGCGCAUUUCUCGGAGGCGGAACGAGAUCGAUUAUAAGCUUCUGCUUGACUUUGCACGGCGGAUAAGCAAAUAUAACCUCGAGGCGGCGGCCGAUGCAGCGGCGGGGAUGACGAAGAAUAGUCAAGUGACAACAGGGCAGGAUACAGAAAUGGGCGGGAUAAAUGCAAAUGGGGCCCAGGAUGGGAAUUCAGACGCAGAGCCCGUUGCUGCCGUUACGAAGGACGCUACGUCGUGGCUGGACGAGUCGGCGAAUAUGACGCGGCAGGUGUACAUGCUUCCUUAUCCGAUGGAAGACCGGAUACGGAUGGGGCUCAUGGGGCAGAUACAGCUUGCGGCGGCGGAGGGGAGACCUGGAUUUGAUUCAGACAAGGAGGUUGAGAGGUUGAUCCGGGAGGCUGAGGGCGUGGGAGUUGCGGAUGCUGUCGCCCCUGCGCCUGCUCCGGUUGGGGAGGAGACGAAGCGUGUCAAUGAGGCUGCAAAGGCGGCUGCGCAUGCUGGGUCUGCGGCCACUACUAGGGUGUCGGUGGCUCCGGCGCCGAAGCCGAAGCCCAAGGCUGCGUUGGAUUUGGAUCUGUAUGAUCCGGAUGAGGAUGAGGAUUGA